AUGUCGGAUACAAAGGUAAAAGUUGCAGUGAGAGUUCGGCCCAUGAACCGCAGGGAAAUUGAACUGAACACAAAAUGUGUCGUGGAUAUGGAGGACAACCAAACAGUUCUUCACCCACCACCCUCAAAUGCAAAAGGAGAGAACAGGAAACAACCUAAGGUGUUCGCUUUUGACCACUGUUUCUGGUCCAUGGAUGAGUCCAACGUUCCCAAAUAUGCUGGUCAAGAGGUGGUGUUCAAGUGCCUUGGAGAGGGAAUACUUGAAAAUGCAUUCCAGGGAUAUAAUGCCUGCAUAUUUGCCAUAAUGCGACAAACAGGUUCAGGCAAGUCCUUUUCCAUGAUGGGGAACGGGGAGCAGCCGGGUUUAAUCCCUCGACUCUGCUGCUCGCUGUUUGAGAGGGUCCACAGGGAGGAAAAUGAGGCUCAUACUUUUAAGGUGGAGGUGUCUUACAUGGAGAUCUACAAUGAGAAGGUCCGUGACCUGCUGGAUCCCAAAGGGAGCCGACAGUCCCUAAAAGUUCGGGAACACAAAGUCCUGGGUCCAUACGUGGAUGGCCUGUCUCAGCUGGCUGUGACCAGCUUUGAGGACAUCGAGGUUUUAAUGUCGGAGGGGAACAAGUCUCGCACAGUUGCAGCCACCAACAUGAACGAGGAGAGCAGUCGUUCACAUGCUGUCUUCAGCAUCAUUGUCACACAAACACUUUAUGAUCUACAGUCCGGGAAUUCAGGGGAGAAAGUGAGCAAGCUGAGUCUGGUUGACCUGGCAGGAAGUGAGCGAGUCUCCAAGACCGGAGCUGCUGGGGAGAGACUCAAAGAGGGCAGCAAUAUAAACAAAUCUCUCACCACAUUAGGCUGUGUGAUUUCUGCUCUGGCUGAUCAGUCUGCAGGAAAGGGGAAGGCCAAGUUUGUGCCUUACAGAGACUCAGUCCUCACCUGGCUACUGAAGGACAACCUUGGCGGCAACAGCAAGACAGCCAUGAUCGCCACAGUGAGUCCAGCGGCUGACAACUACGAGGAGACUCUGUCCACGCUACGCUAUGCUGACAGGGCCAAGAGAAUCGUCAACCACGCCGUGGUGAAUGAAGACCCCAACGCUCGGAUCAUCAGAGAGCUCAGGGAGGAGGUGGAGAAGCUCAAAGUUCAGCUCUCGCAGGCCGAGUCCAUGAAGGCUCCUGAACUGAAGGAGAAACUGCAUGAGUCUGAGAAACUCAUCCAGGAGAUGACUGUCACCUGGGAGGAGAAACUAAGGAAGACGGAGGAGAUUGCCACUGAGCGUCAGAAACAGUUGGAGAGCAUGGGCAUCUCUUUGGAAACAUCUGGGAUUAAAGUGGGUGAAGACAAGUGUUUCCUCGUCAAUCUAAAUGCUGAUCCUGCCCUAAAUGAGCUACUGGUCUACUACCUGAAGGAGCACACACGUGUGGGCGCAGACACGUCUCAGGACAUCCAGCUCUUUGGGAUCGGGAUCCAGCCGGAGCACUGCGUCCUGGAGCUCUGCCCAGAUGGUGACAUCACCCUAACGCCCAUAGGGAAUGCCAGGACCUGUGUGAACGGAACAAUGAUUGAUUCCUUGGUGCACCUGUGGCAUGGGGACCGUAUCUUAUGGGGCAACAACCACUUCUUCAGGAUCAAUCUGCCCAACCGAAAGCGGCGGGACCGUUUGAAGGAGCUGGAGAGAGCGUCUCCCAGAGAGAGCUACAUCGAGGCAGAUGUGGAGACCGCCAGCGAGGCCUCUUCUGAGCAGGACUACAGCUAUGAGUUCGCCCAGAUGGAGGUCAUAAUGAAGACACUUGGGAACAACGACCCCAUGCAGAAUGUGGUCCAAGUGCUGGAGAAGCAGUACCUGGAGGAGAAGCAGACGGCCCUGGAGGAGCAGAGGAUGAUGUAUGAGCGAGAGCUGGAGUCGCUCCGGCAACAGCUGUCUCCUGAGAAAACGCCGCAGCACCACCGCAGCAGCAGUGACCGCCUUACGUUCCCGACACACACACCACACAGCAAGCUGCGACUGUGGACGGAAGAGCGAGAUGAGCUUUUUCGUCAGAGCCUGUCUCGACUCAGGGAGCAGGUCGUGAAAGCCAACACCUUGGUGCGAGAAUCCAACUUUUUGGCUGAGGAGAUGAACAAACUGACUGACUAUCAGGUCACCCUUCAGAUUCCCGCAGCCAACCUCAGCGCCAACCGCAAGCGUGGAGCCAUAGUGAGCGAGCCGGCCAUCCAGGUGCGGAGGAAAGGGAAAGGCACCCAGGUGUGGACCAUAGAGAAGCUGGAGAACAAACUGGUGGACAUGAGAGACCACUACAGGGACUGGAAGGAAGGCACAGAGGAGCAUAACAAAGCAAACAGUAAGCACUGUGAUCCAUUCUAUGAAGCGCAAGAGAACCACAACCUGAUAGGGGUGGCCAACAUUUUUCUGGAGUGCCUUUUCCAAGAUGUUAGACUGCAAUAUGCUGUCCCCAUCAUCAGCCAGCAGGGAGAGGUUGCAGGCAGGUUGCACAUUGAGCUGAUGCGAGUCAGCGGUGCUGUACCAGAGCGCCUGUCCGGGGGAGAUGACUCAUCAGAAAACUCCAGUGAGAGUAGCUGCUACGAGGUUAUGGACACCAACGGGGAGAUCGUCCACAUGUCCAAGAGGCUCACCUGCAGGGUGCGGAUCAGGGAGGCCACAGGUCUGCCGCUCAACUUGUCCAACUUUGUCUUCUGUCAGUACACCUUCUGGGAGCACGGCGAGCCCACUGUGGCUCCUCCCAUGGUCAGCCCAGACAGACCCUCUCCUCGAAGCCCAGAUGCCCAGUUCACUGUCCAGUUUGAUCACUGCAAGGACUAUGUUGUGCACGUGUCGGAUGAGUUCUUAGAGUUUAUAUCCGACGGAGCAUUGGCCAUAGAAGUUUGGGGUCACCGCUGCGCUGGGAAUGGACGAUCACUCUGGGAGUUAGACGCACUGGAGGCCAAGACCCAGACUCUCCGAGACAGGUGGAGUGAGGUGUCUCGCAGGAUCGAGCUCUGGCUCUCCAUCCAGGAGCUGAAUGAGCAGGGAGAGUACUCAUCUGUGGAGCUGCACUCUGGAAAAGACAUCAGCACAGGGGGAGUCUUCCAACUCCGACAGGGUCACUCCAGGAGGCUGCAGGUGUGUGUGAAACCAGUCCAGAACUCAGGCACGCUGCCUCUGCUGGUGGAGGCUGUGCUGUCCGUCUCUAUCGGCUGUGUGUCAGCUCGCUCCACCAAACUACAGAGACCGCUCGACAGCUACCAGAGAGAGGCGGAAGAGGAUAUGGAUAGUUAUCAGGAAGAAGAUCUCAACUGUGUUAGAGAGCGCUGGUCAGAAGCCCUGAUCAAACGCCGGGAGUACCUUGACGAACAAAUCAAGAAAAUCAUCAACAAACACGAAAAGUCAGAGGAGGACAUUGAGCGUGAGGCUCGGCUGGUGGAGCAGUGGGUUGGACUGACAGAAGAGAGAAAUGCAGUGCUGGUACCUGCACCUGGCAGUGGCAUCCCUGGAGCUCCUGCAGACUGGACCCCACCUACAGGAAUGGAAGCUCACAUCCCUGUACUCUUCCUGGAUUUGAAUGCGGAUAAUCUGACAGUGAAUGAGCAGCUGACCGGCCCACAUGCCGCAGGCGUUAACUCUAUCCUGCCUAAGGAGCAUGGAAGCCAGUUCUUCUAUCUGCCCAUCAUCAGGCACAGUGUUGAGGAGGUGUCUGCUGUGUGCUCCUGGGACUCAUCCAUCCAUGAUUCUGUGCACCUCAACCGGGUCACGUCUCCUAACGAACGCAUCUACCUGAUCAUCAAAGCCACGGUGCAGCUCAGCCACCCUGCCUCCAUGGAGCUGGUGCUCCGCAAGAGGAUCGCUGUCAACAUCUAUAACAAACAGAGUUUCACUCAGAGUCUCAAGAGAAGAAUGUCUCUAAAGAACACACUUUACUCCUGUGGUGUGACUUAUGAGAUCGUGUCCAACAUACCAAAGGCCUCAGAAGAGCCAGAGGAGAGGGAAACCUUGGCCCUCAUGGCUGCUCGCGGUGACAGCGAGGAGACUCAGGAUGGAGAAACCUACAUAGAGAAAUACACACGGGGAGUUCUGGAAGUAGAGAACAUCCUCAGUCUAGAGAGGCUACGGCAGGCUGUGACAGUGAAGGAAGCGCUCGCUGCUAAGGGAAGACACCUAAGAAGGAGUAUCAGCACACCAAAUUCUUCAUGUAGUAAAAUAGACCUGACAGUUUGCGAGGAUGAAGACUGUAAGGACCACUGUGAUCAUGUGGACAGCUCCAACUGCAAUCCCCAGGAUGGCUCCCUUUGCAGCACACCCAUCAAAAGCAAAGAGAACCAAGGUUUGGUUCCAGAGAGCCCUACCUUUUUCAACUCCAGCCCCUUCAAAGUCCUCUCCCCUCAGCCACCGAAGUUCCUCAAGUCUCUGCUGCCUGUCAAAGAAGAGAACAAGGCGAAGAAAGCCCUGGAGGCCCGGCCGCUGCUGGGACAAGAGGACUCUGAGGACGAGGAGACAGAUGUGCACAUGACUCUGAAUCUCAAUCGGGGCCCUCAGGACCACAGCGGCUUCCAGCCUUAUAUCCCAGAGGACUUUGCAAACUUUGAGAUCUACAACGCCACUCUGGAGAGCCAGGAGGGGUUUUUACCCUCUCGUUCUGACAUGAAGGGAAGCCGGUGCGGAGGCGGGAGCGGAGAGAGAGAGGUGCCACGAAGCCCCACGGCCAGCAGUUGCACUAGUGGCUACUUUUCACACAGUGCCUCCAACGCCACGCUGUCUGACAUGCCUUUCAGUGCCAGUGAGAGCUCUGACCACCUCAGCUGCACCUCCAGAGACACCCAGGACCCCCUCGGCUGUCCCGCUGGACGAGGCUGCACCCAAACCAAAAGUGUUUCUGCAGGGAGUGACGCCCAACUGCCUCCUCCAUCAGCACGUGGGCUACAGGAACAACUCACUCACCAUCAGGGCUCCUCAUCUGUCAGUAUUCUUAAUUGCACAGACAAGCAGCCAACAUUCCCUCUGCCUCACAACUGUGUUCUCAGCACCAGCCAGGAAUUCACUGACUUUAAAGGGGCUGAUGACAGUAUUGGAGAGAGUGAUUUAGGACAUUUUACAGAGGGAUGGGAGCAGGAGGGUUUGGAGCAGAAGAAACCAGAUAAUGCAGAAAAACGUGACACUGGCAAUCAAGACUCCUCUGUUGUCCCUGGAAUUAUCGACACAUCUAAUCCUGAAAAUGCAAUAUGCAAAUGUCCUGACAAUGAAGACUCUGUUAGUGUACCUGUGUCCUGCCCUAACUCAACUGUAGUUUGCACCUCAGUCAGAGCUCCAGUAAGUGCGUCUGACAAAGUCCCAGCUCCAUCUCCAGCCCAAAUAAUUCCCUCUGCAUCAGUCCCACCUCCAGCAUCACCAUCCCUAGUCACCCCUCCAUCUACAGCCCCAUCCUCUGCCCCAGCUCCGCGAGCAGGAGGAGAACCUCCCAUCCAGGAGCCAGCACAAGGAGACCUGCCCCACGGGAGUCCCUGCCCCAGCCCUAACCCCAGCAGUGCGGAGCCCUCGGGGGACUCCAGCGGGGAUGAAAGCACCCCUGUGGCUCAGCUUCCUGACUGGAUGGCCCCCGGGGAACAGGUGUGGGUGGGGAAGAGGAGAGGAACAGUCCACUACGUUGGAGGGGUAGAGUUUGCUAAGGGCAUCUGGAUUGGUGUGAAGCUGGACAUGGCAGUGGGAAAGCACAACGGGACUGUCCAGGGCAGAGUGUACUUCCGCUGCCCCCCAGGCCACGGUGUGUUUGUCAAGCCAUCUCGUCUCACCAGAGGACCGCCCUCCAUGGACACAGAACCCCAGACUCUGAUCAGAUAGGACCCAAAGAAGGACCAGCUUUCUGAGGGAAAGCAGAGACCUGAGCGUGGUCCUCAGAUCCAGUGCCUAUGGGUGAACUGCGGGCUGACUUCAGUCUCUGAGCUGAUGUAUUCUGUUGGCGUGUCUGCUUUCCUGACACGUACCUGACCUGUGCAUUUAAUGAAGGUAUAUCCUAAUUACUGUUCACUGAAACUUCUCUAUGCACAUGUCUGACUUUUCUAUACGUUGAUAUUUUUGAUAGAGAACUUAACUUUUAACUGGGAGUCCAUAUGGAAACAUUACCCACGUACUUUUUCUUAAAUUGGUUUCUGAACAGUAUAUAUAAUAUUUUUUAUAAGACAAUGCAUCCACCCCUGAGGCUCAUAGUGGAGUAAUCUGGGAAAUGAAGAUUAAGAAUGUACUACUGUUAAUAAACAUUGAUAUUUACAUCAAUAUGAUACGUCAGGGGUAACCAAAGAACUACGGUUCCAUAUCUGCUGUUAUGAGUAAUAUGUUAUUUUUCUAAUGUACAUAUGUGGAGGUAUUCACUAUAUAUCUAUGUGUCCAAGUAAAGCUUAGUGCCAUAUCUCUAGGAGUAAUGCCACAUACCCUGAACGGAGGACAAAACUGCAAAACCUGAGUUGCUUUCAGUGUUUGAUUGCAGUUAUGACAUUAAAUUAUCCUGUUGAAGUACUGUAACACUGUGGAGGAAAUAAUCCCCAUCCAGCAUGAGACUGUUAAUGUUUGAAUGCUUGCACUGGAAAGGAUUCUUGGAGAGUUCAUCGACUGUCUUCCAUAUUGGACUGAUGAAAUAUUUUCUAACUGAAGUAACUGAAGUGACUGAAGCAACGUGUGUCAUCACUUUAAUCCGUGGAACGAAGCAGCUAGGCUUUGUAUAAGGCCUGGAUAUACUGAUGCCUUAUUGCCCUGUUCCCACAAAGAAAGGCACAUAAACCCCAGACUACUCAAUGAACUCCAUAACAAGUUCGCUGAGUUAUAAACAAUAACAAUCUGUAUGGACCUGAAACCUGUGUAUGUAUAUCAUGAUGCCCAGAGGCAUUCAAAAUGCCAUCCAGCCUCGUUGACUGAUUGAUUGAAUACCUUUUUAACUGACUGUUCAUCUGCAUUUUAUAUUUUAACUGACUGAUGUUUAACACUACAUGUCAAAAGGUACUCAAUGAUGCAAUUUUUCACAUGGGCGGUUGGAUGAAUGGGUGCUGGACAGUAUCAGGCGAGGGAAAACGGUGCAAAAGUAGUGUAGUUAUGGAGAGAAGUUGUCCGAUGAACUUAUAUUUUUAUGGAAGUGGUGAACUGUGGAACUGACAAGAAAUAGUUAUAUAUUCAAGAAAUUGAAAGAAACCCAAGACCUUACUUUAAAGAAGAGAACAAAGCUGCUCUCCCUGAGAAGGAGUUGUAAAUAGAAAUGUAUUUGAACAUAGUAUUUACACUAUUAUAAUGUACAGAAUUGUAUUUAUAAUGUAUCUCAAACUGUUUUAAUUGGUACAAAAUGUUCUA